AGCGUUAAUCUUGAACAACUGGGACGUACAACUUUAUUUUCUUGCCCAGAAAGGUCUUCAAUAGAUCUGGAAGAUGGAGAGGCAAGUCAAAAGCAUAAAAGAAAUAUUUCCUCGAAGUAAAAAUUAGAUCUGCAAGGUAUUAGUAGCUGAGAAGCAUCCUCCCAGAAAUUCUCGCCAUAACUCCUCCAUGUAUCGACACCUUCUGCUUGUUGAUAAGGAGGGAACAAGGGUACAAGCUACAAUCUUCGAGGAAUACAUACAAAAAUAUGAAAAGUUAAUCAUUAUGUUUAAGACUUACAAUAUCUCAAAUGCUUUAGUCAAUUUUAUUCCAAAACAAUAUCAGAUAGUUGAUAAUAAGUAUCAGUGGAUCAUCAACGAGCACACUACUGUUAAGGAAGUUGGAGAUGAAGAAAUAAUAAAUACACCACAGGAACUUUAUAACUUCUCUUUUGUGCCAUUCAAUGCUUUGGAGCAAUAUAAAACUCGCACAAUGGAAGUUGAUAUUCUGGCUUUAGUCAUCGAUAUACAACCACGAAAAUAUAUACCGACAUCAUCUGGUGUGAGUUGUGUUCGAGAAUUGACUCUACUGAAUGAAGAAAAAUCACAAAUACUGCUGACUGUGUGGGAUGAGCUGUUUGAGAAUGAAUGUGCUAUUAUUGCAAGUAAAAUUGAAGCAAGACCUGUUCUAGCAGCCAAGAACCUUAAAGUUGUUUCAUAUAUGAACCCAUCACUCAGUACAAAAUCUGCAAGUCGCCUCCUAAUUGAUCCAGAACUACCACAAGUAAUUGCAUUACGUACCUGGCGUGAUGAAAAUAACAUGUACUUAGAGCACUUUGUUGCUAGAGACCUUCCAGCUUCAUCAAACUUGACUAUACCUAUAAGUGAUGCACUUACACCAAUCAAUACUGUUAAAAAUCUGGUAGAACAGGUAAAUAAUACAUCUAAUAUGUCUGUAUAA